CUUCUCGAAUUGGGCGAUGCAGAGAUCUGUGGCCGGCUGAAGAAGAUCCUCCAGCCAUGCAUGACCGUCCUCAAGUCCUCCCCUCUGGCCGGCGCGAAGAUCCUCUGUAAACACCUAACCACCGCCUCGUGA